UGGUCCUCUGCGCAGUUGGGGCUACACGCUGCUUUCCGCGCAGUCCGUGCUGCUGCUACCAUAAAUGUGGACCUUGAACGACUUAUAACCCGGACACCUUCGCAUGGGCCUCAGGGAUGAGGAGUACGAUUUUUUCUUGAGCUCUACACGUAACUUCUACCUCUGGUUGAACAUCACAGCAGCAGAAAGGAGGAGGGGGUGGAGAAGAGGAUGAUAAUGCAGCGCAUCCUAACUCAUGGGACACUGUUGCGGAUGGCAGCAGUGCGCCCAUUGCUGGUGGGCGUCACCAUCCCUGAGCAAGCAGUAGCAUUGUGUUGCUGUGCCCUCCGUCUGACACCACCGCCAUUUACAGGCCGGCACUGGCUCUCAACCUCGGCCUCCAGCAGGGCAGCGCAUCAGCCAAAGCACCAGCCACCACAAGAGGAACCACAGUCCAACUCCACACCUCAAAGACAAGAAGUCCAGAAAGAGGAAGCUGUGCCUGAUGCUGCAGAGGUGGACCCCCUGCAGGACAAGUCCAUUGGCCUGUUCCAGAGGUUUAAGAAAACCUUCAAACAAUAUGGGAAGGUGAUGAUCCCUGUACAUCUGGUGACGUCCUCUGUUUGGUUUGGAACCUUCUAUUACGCUGCUAUGAAUGGUUUCCUCCUUGGCCCUCACCCAUUGAGCCCUACUUGGUUUAGUGUUCAGUGUAUGGUACAGGCUGAAACCACCACUCAAGAUUGCUCCAGAGGUGUGAAUGUAGUGCCAUUCCUGGAGAUGAUUGGUCUACCAGAGUCAUUAGUUGGCCUUUUGAGAGACUCUUCAAGUGGCUACGCUCUGACUGCAUACGCCAUGUACAAGAUUGCCACCCCUGCUAGAUAUACGGUAACUCUGGGCGGCACGUCACUAUCUGUUCAGUAUCUCCGCAAGCACAGCUACUUAUCCACACCACCGCCAGUUAAAGAAUACUUCCAGGACAAAAUGGAGGAGACAAAGGAGAAAUUUACAGAAAAGAUGGAGGAGACAAAGGGGAGAUUUUCAGAGAAAAUGGAGGAAACAAAAGAGCGUAUCUCUGAGAAAAUGGAAGAGACUAAGGACAAGCUUUCUGAGAAACUGCAGGAAACCAAAGACAGAGUCUCUGAGGGAAAAGCGCUUUUUAGAAAGAAGAAUGAUUAGUGAAUCACAUUCACAGGUGGCACCUCUGGAUAAAUAAUCCUGUUUUGAUCUUGACAAGUCGUUAGUGAAUAGCAGGCGAGUAACAGACAGCACUUCUGAGAUCAUUUGGAAAGAAGAGCGAGACCUUGCACUAUCUUUGCCCUGAAAUGUCACCUCUCACAUCAUAGUUAUCACCUGUUGUCUAUUUAAGUGUCCGAUUCAGUCCCUCAGUGUCCAAACCCUGCCACAAUGCACUAUAGGUGAGGACUAGACAGCAGUUUAGCAGACUCCUGGCAAUGCUACAUUCUGGCUCAGUCAUCUCUGACUGGAUUUACACAUGCUCAACUGAUCAGGACUUUAACUCUUGGUUGGCUAUAAGCUGGCUGUUUUUAAAGAGGAGGCGUGAUCUCAUUUCUCUUCACAUAGAUAUACAUGGGGGGG